AUGCCGGCAGACGAAGAGAAGACGACCAGCCCUGAGAUCACCAGUUUCUCUCAGGUUGGUAGCGUCGGAGUCGCCAACAACAGGGAACACUCCCCCGAUUCGCACGGUCUGCAUCGGCUGCUAAAUAACCGGCAGAUCCAGCUCAUUGCUACCGGUGGCUCCAUCGGGGCGGCUCUUCUGUUCAUCGCUUAUGUGUUUUACACCUGCGUCCUGGUCCUCGUGAAUAACUCGAUUGCUGAAAUGAGUACAUAUAUGCCUGCGUCGGGCGGCUUCAUUCGUCUUGCUGGCUACUGGGUUGAUGCUUUGGGGUCCGUUGCUGGCUGGAACUUCUUCUUCUAUGAGGCCUUACUCAUUCCAUUCGAGAUUACGGCUCUUAACCUGGUCAUAUCCUUCUGGAACAGUAACGUCACAAGCCCCGGACCUACAGCGGGCAUCUGCGCUGCUGUUAUCGAUUGCUAUGCCAUUUUCAAUAUUCUUGCGGUGAAAUACUAUGGAGAAGCUGAGUUCUGGCUUUCUGGGGGGAAGCUCAUCCUGAUCUCAUCCUCUUUGCCUUCACCAUUAUUACGAUGGUCGGCGGCAAUCCUAAAGGCGAUCGUUAAUGCCUUCGCCGAAUUCCACACUGAGGGCGAUCUCGGCCGCUUUGAAGGGCUUCUAGCCGCCCUGUGGAACGCCGCAUUCACCAUUGUUGGCCCUGAGUACAUUUCUAUGGUGGUCGCUGAAGCUACACACCCUAGCGUGUACAUCAAGUCUGCCUUCAAAACAGUCUACUAUCGAUUUUGCAUCUUCUUUAUUCUCGGCGCGCUUACCGGUGGUAUCGUGGUCCCUUAUAACAAUCCAACUCUGGUCAACAUCUACUUUGGGACCGGCGAGGGCGGCGGUACUGCAGCUGCAUCACCCUACGUUAUUGCUAUGGAGAAUCUAAGCAUUCAUGUGCUCCCGCAUAUUGUUAACGCUCUAAUUCUCACGUCGAUCUUUUCGGCUAGCAAUAUAUACACAUAUUGUGCUACACGGUCACUUUACAGCCUAGCGAUUGAGGGUCGUGCCCCUCGAUUUUUAUACUACUGCAAUAAUAGCGGCGUACUGAUCUAUUGCUUCUGUGUUGUUAUGCUGUUUCCUUGUCUAUCAUUCCUUCAAUUCAGCAAAGGUGCUGACCUGGCUUGUCAAUAUUGUCACCGGGGGGGUCUUAUUACCUUCCUUAUUAUGUCUAUCACAUUUCUCAACUAUUACCAAGCGUGCAAGGUCCAGGGCAUUGACCGGAAAGAGAUGCCAUACUAUGGAUACUUCCAACCUUUCGGCGCCUACAUUACCAUUGCCACCCAGUUGGUUAUCCUCAUCUCCUAUGGAUACAGCUCCUUCACUCCCUGGAAUAUUUCUGAUUUUCUCGCCAACUACACGAUGCAGCUUGUGGCUCCAUGCUUCUUCAUCGGUUGGAAGGUUAUCAAGAAGACACGUUAUAUCAGACCCAACGAGGUAGACCUCAUUUGGAAGCGACCCGCGAUUGAUGCCUAUGAGAAUUCCAUUACAACACCACCACUUGGCUUCUGGACUGAAAUAAUCGGCUUAGUGGGCUUCAGCCGGGCAGAGAAGUCACAAGCUGACGCUUGGGGCGGCAGAAGCCCCUUCCUGUGA